GUGAGGCCACCGGGAACUGACGGGGCAGCGGGGCGGAGCGGUGAGUUGUUACCAGCUCACCGGCUCCCAGUCGACUCUGGGAGGCUCAAGACUUUUGCGAGGGGCGAGGUGUUUGCAAUGGCUGCUACUGUGAACUUGGAACUUGAUCCCAUUUUUUUGAAAGCACUAGGCUUCUUACAUUCAAAGAGUAAGGAUUCUGCUGAAAAGCUAAAAGCACUACUUGAUGAAUCUUUGGCUCGGGGCAUUGAUUCAAGUUACCGUCCAUCUCAAAAGGAUGUGGAACCACCCAAAAUUUCAAGCACAAAAACUGUUUCCAUUAAGCAAGAGCCCAAAACAUCAUCCACUCUUCCUUCUGGCAAUAAUAAUGGCAAGGUCCUAACAACUGAAAAGGUAAAGAAGGAAGGUGAAAAGAGACCUGCUGAUAAAAUGAAAUCAGACAUCACUGAAGGAGUUGAUAUUCCAAAGAAACCUAGAUUGGAGAAACCAGAGACACGGUCCUCUCCCAUUACUGUCCAAACCAGCAAGGAUUUAGCUAUGACUGACCUUUCCAGCUUUGAGGAGACCAGUGCUGAUGAUUUUGCCAUGGAGAUGGGAUUGGCCUGUGUUGUUUGUAGGCAAAUGACAGUGGCAUCUGGUAAUCAAUUAGUAGAAUGUCAGGAAUGCCAUAAUCUCUACCACCAAGAUUGCCAUAAGCCGCAGGUGACAGACAAGGAAGUGAAUGACCCUCGCCUUGUGUGGUAUUGUGCCCGGUGUACCAGACAAAUGAAAAGAAUGGCUCAAAAAACUCAGAAACCACCACAGAAACCAGCCCCCACAGUUGUUUCUGUAGCUCCUGCUGUUAAAGAUCCAUUGGUUAAGAAACCAGAAACUAAACUCAAGCAAGAGUUAACUUUUCUAGCAUUUAAGAGAUCAGAAGUCAAGGCAUCCACGGUUGUUUCAGGAAAUUCUUCUAGUACCAGUGUUUCCUCUUCAGCAACUAGUGGCCUAACUGGAUGGGCAGCUUUUGCAGCCAAAACUUCUUCUGCUGGUCCAUCCACAGCAAAAUUGAGUUCAACAACCCAAAACAAUAGCGGGAAACCUGCUACCUCAUCAGCUAACCAGAAGCCCGUGGGUUUGACUGGUCUGGCAACAUCAUCCAAAGGUGGAAUAGGUUCCAAAAUAGGUUCCAGUAACAGCACUUCACCCACUGUACCACUGAAACCACCUCCACCUCUAACUUUGGGCAAAACUGGCCUUAGUCGCUCAGUUAGUUGUGACAAUGUUAGCAAAGUAGGUCUUCCCAGUCCAAGUAGUUUGGUUCCAGGAAGCAGCAGCCAACUAAGUGGGAAUGGAAAUAGUGGGACAUCAGGGCCUAGUGGAAGUACCACUAACAAAACCACUUCAGAAUCAAGCAGCUCUCCCUCAGCAUCCCUUAAAGGUCCAACUUCACAAGAAUCACAACUCAAUGCCAUGAAGCGAUUACAGAUGGUCAAGAAGAAGGCUGCCCAAAAGAAACUCAAGAAGUAAUGUGGCCAAGUAGGUUUUUAUAUCAUAUUACCCUAAAGAUUAAAAUCUUAUUAUUAAGACAUAAACUGUAGUAUACUAUAAUUUAAUAAAAAUCUUCAUAAUGAAAUUUAUUAUUUCUUACCUUAAAAUGCUAAUUAGUAGUUAAUGAAACUUGGAAAUGUUUAUUUUAAAUCUGUUUAGCAUUUUUCUUUUGACAGUUUUCAUAGUAUGUGAAAACAAUGAUUAGAAUGACUAAUUCUCGAUGAAAACUUCUGGAAUUCCAGAAGACUGAUAGCAUAUGUGAAUUUUUUUUAAAAAUUCAUCUUCUGGCAAAGUCCCAAUAAUUGAUCCUGCUGAAUAAGAUGCCUUACAAAGAGCCAGGGAUGACCCAAGUUUUCUACUCCCCGCCCUGCCAUAGUCUGGAUAUCAUUGGCAGUCCCAGCCUCAUUUCAAUUGAUUCUCCCUCUCCCCCCAAAUAUUUCAUCUCCCCAUUUUCAAAAUUAAUUUUUCAUAAUUGAUUUCUCAUAUCCCUGUAUUAUGUUUUUACCUUUUUGUCACCUCAUAUCAGUUAUUUAGGGAUUUAUCUCUUCUAAUAGAUUGUGAACCCCAUGCCCUUUCAGUGCAAUAGUUUUCUCACAUUUCCCAGUUUCAUCACAUUGCCAGUGUAACAUAUGCACAUAGUAUAUGCUUAAUAAAUGUUGACUUUUGAUUUUUCCUGGUUACACACAUUCCUGAGAAUUCUUGAGGAAAAUACCCAUUCCAAGAGUCUUUGUGGAUGGAUAAUUUCUGAUUUGUUUACAUACUGAUAGCAUCUUCCUAUACCAUGAAAAAAAAGGCGAUUUUAUUUUUACUGCCCAAAAUAUUACAGCAAUUUACCUAAUUUUAGUUAACUUUGUAUAAAAGAAGCUCCCAUAUAAUGAUUAAUUCUUGAGAUUCUUUUGAAGUGUGUGUGUGUACAUUAAGUCAGAAAGUAUGAAGGGUCUGAGUUGUUGACUUUUUGCAAGCUAGCAAAUUAUCCUGCUCUUGUUUUACAUACAUACUCUGACAGAAGACAUGAGGCUUUCUGGAUCAGAGCAGUAGCAAAAUGUAGCAGCCAUUUUUAUAUAUUUUAUACUUCACGAAUACCUCAUUUCAUCCAGAAACUAGAAGUCCGGCAAAUUGCUACAUUCACUAGACUGAGCAGCCUUUUUCUUUCAGCUUUGAUGUAUGCAACUAACACUUCACUAUAAACCUCUAAUCUCAAACCCUUUCCCUUAAUUCCUAUAUUUUCCUCAUGUUAUUACUCUAAAAUAUAUUGAUAAAUGAUUUCUGUGAAUUUAAAGCUUUUUGAAGUAAACUUGGUCUUUUUUAAGGAAAGAUAUUUUAAACUGCUUUGUUAAAUAAUGGCACUAAAUUAUUCAUGGUAAAUUACGAUUCAGUACUGAAAUAAUCCAUUGCUUUACAAAGUGGAGUAAACAUCUAUUUACAUGUUUAAAAUCUGCCUGCAGAUGUUUUUGUUUCGAGAAACUCAGAUUUCUGUGGAAUAAAUACCAAUUUGGCAUCAACUCCAAGUCCCCUUUAGUGUCAAAAGACCAAAAAAAAAAAUGUAUAUUCAUCAUUAUUUGCUUAUAGUUCAGGGCCAGUUUGGACUAAACUGGAUAAAACGACAGUGUGACACAAGUUCAUCUCAACAACUAUAACAGUUAAUAUAACCUCAGUACCUACAAGAAAUUAAAGCAAUAAUGCAGACAGUUGUACAUUGGCAAUUGGCACCUGUAAUGGAAAAUUUUAUCCCAUCAUAGUCAAAACAUCUGCUGAACAGAGUUGAAAAGAGAAGCAAUUAUUUUACUUUCUAUAGUAUUUCAGAGAAGACUUUAGAAAACUUUAGGAAGUAAUUUAACUUUUAUUGAGCAUGGCUCUUUGUAUAGAUUAUGUGUAUAAAUAUAUAUUUAGAAUCUUCACAUAUGUGUAGGAUGCAUACAUCUAGUAAUGUAUAACUCACUCAGUUUGGUAUUUUAUAGAGGUAUAUUUGGUAUUAGAGUUUAUCCUCAAGUAGCUCUUAGACCUUGAUUUUACCGUAUCAUUAAGUGAGCUACAAGGCUUUUUAACUGAGCAUGUGAUGAAAGUGGCCAGCUUUAUAUUAAUAAUAUUUAUCACUUCUUUUAUUCUGUUAUGUAUCGUUUGUUUUUCCCAUCGAAUUUAAAUUGUGUGACGGCAAGGAUUUUGUUUGUCUUGCACACCAUGGUAUUCCCACUGCAGCUUUUGGCUCAGUGAAUGAAUAAACAGAUAUAUAGCUGAGCCAAAAAGCAAGCUUUUAGGAUUGUAAGUUCAAAUCCCAUUUUAGUAGAAAUUUGGUCAAUAUCACUUUUCUGUUUUGUAUAUCGUGCUUUCCAUUAGAUUAUUUAAUCAGAUAAUUUAGUGACUUAAAGAAAACGUUAAAAGAACACUGGCUUAAAGUCAGAAGACCUGUUUUUGAAUCCCAGUCCCUCCAUGUAUUAGCUGUGUAAUCUUGGUUUCCCCCUGUAUGAUGAUAAUGAAUGAGAUCAAAUGAAACACCUCUAAUAUUCAAAGGUUAGGUGAUUCUGACUCUUAACAAGGCUGUGGUAGUACUGUUUAUUAGUAACAGAUUAUAAACUGUGAUGACCAUAGGUUAUAUAGGAAAUACAUCAUUUUAUAGAAAUACACUUGGUGCAAUAAUUAUAAAAAUUAUAUAAGCAAGUAGAGAAAGCCAUACAUUUACAUACCAUAAUAUUAUUUCUUUAAAGUAAGAUAAGCUGUAUUUAAUUAACUAAGAAUACAUUCCCCAGAUUUUUGAACAAGAACAUCUUAUUCUGGUAUAUACUAAAAUGACUUAUUUUCCUGAAAAAUUAAAGCAAAUUUUGUCUGUAUCUAGAGUGUAAUAUUGUGUGUGCAGUAACUGGCUUACAGAGACUCAGCUUGAAUUCCUGGAGUAAAGAUUUUUAUAUUGGAAUAAUCUUGUAGAUCACAGAGAAUUUAAUGACUGGCUUUUUAUAUAUAUACUAUUUAGUAUAUAUAAGAGGAGGGAGAUAAUUUAAAAAAUUUUUUUAAAUAGACUUCAAAAAUAGUAUCAUUCCAUAAGUAGUAGGAUAUCUCGAGAGUAUAAAGUCUAGUGUCCUUCCAAUCAAUCAAAUUUAAUUCCUUCCUCAUCAACUAUAAUGUAAACUUAUAUGCCUAAUUUAGCUUAAAUUUUGUGAGGUUUCUAGAUGUAUUCAGUAUUGAACGGUGCACUGAGUGCCUUAAGAAACUGUAGUUAUGACAAACAGGAUUUAAGUAAAGUGGUUUUGCCAUCUUAGAAUAUGAAGAUUUCCUCUCUUUACUCACAGAACUUUGAGAGGUUUUUGCAAUUGACAAAAGUCCAAGAAGUUUAUGGAAAAGUGAAGAGUUUUUAAUUCCAUGUUUACUAAUUUUUGUAAAUCAUCUAAAUAUUCAUCACAAAUAGUGACAAGCAUCUCUAAAAGUCCAAGUUAUAGUUUAGGGAAGAUAUGGAAUAUACCAGCACUUAAAAGUAUUCCAUGCAAUGCUGCAUUUAUAUGAUUAACAAUGUGCAUUUUAUCUCUUCCGCACAAUUCCUCCUUCAUAGAAUUUUUAUACUAAGACCAGAUAUUUUUCUAAAAUAUAAGGAAUGUUCAUAUAGUGGCCUUGUGACUUUUUCACAUGACUUAAGCACCCAUGGUAACUUUGUAUUACUGGUUUUUUUAUAAUUUCUAAACUUUAUUAUGUGUAUAGUUUAAGGCAUCUGUAUUUAAAAAUAAAUACUAAAUAAAAUGUAUAUAUACACCUGUUUAUUUGUUUUGUGAAGAAAACUAGCCACAAAAAUUUCCCCUUCAUUCUUGGUAAAAAUACCUAUUUCAGAGAAUUCUAUACUAUAAAAUAACAUUUAAUUUUAAAGAUAUAAAGAAAGAAUAUAUAAUUAGCAUACCUUGCCUAAAUUGUAAUGAUGGCACCAACAGUUUUAUCUUUUUAAACUUCUUGAAGACUUAUAUACAUCAUAACUGUCUUGGGAUUUUAUUUCCCUUAGACCCAACAAAAUAAUUCCUGACCUCAAAAUUACAAUUACUUGAUUUGAAAUAACAUACUUAGAAAACAAAUGUAUCGCAUAAUGUUUUAAAAAAAAACAAACCUAAAUGGCAUAUGAAAUGUAGGUUGUAUUUUUAAAAUAGCAACAAUGUAAUGGAUGUUCUGCACAAUGGUGGGGGACUGCAGAAGGUGGCUUCAUUACAACUCUUGCUCAGCAACUAACUGCAGCUAUGAUUUUAAUGGUGUGGUGUCUUGUAAGGUCAGACUGGAAGCAUCAAUCCUAAGACCACACAGGUAGACAAAACUUCUCAUAUACAUCUAGUCACUUAUAUCAGCCAGAAAAGCAGAUAUGUGUUACUUUUAUAAUGCUUCAUUUUGGGGGUGGUGGGGGGAGUUUUUAGGUCACAAUUAAUUUAAAUUAUAUAAAAAUUCCCCACGGAUUAGGUAUAUUCAUAGUUGGCACAAGUUAAAAGACAAAAAGUCCCUGUAUGUCCAGUCUUCUUUUGGUACCCAACUCAAAAAAAUAUUUUAUGUAUAAAACAACUAUACCCCAAUAAAAAAAAGUUUUAAAAAUGAAAUAAAUAUGCCUCCUUCUGUAGUGAAGACAGCCACUGGACAUUUUGCUGGCUCCAAUAUGGGGCCUUUCCAUGGGUGAUAUUCAAAAUACUUAACAAUAAGCAUGGUAACAUAAAUUAUUAUAUAAAUCCAAUAUCUACAUUUUUUUCUAUUUUCUAAAUCAAUUAAAUAAUGUAGCAUACAACUCACUAAGCAAAAUAAAUUGUGCAAAUUAUUCAUCAAAAAAAAAUUUAUGCAGAAACAACUUAUAAGUAGAACUUUAUAAGUCCAGGUUUAAAUUAAGAAUUUUAGAAACAAUAGCAUAAAAUAUAAAUUUUUCUGUCAUGUAAAGCCUUAUCAUGAAUUUCUGUGGUUAUACACGUCAUAUGUAUGCUAAAGUCAACAGCUCUCUGAGAAGCAGCAUUCUUCAUUUGUUUUUUGUAUUCCUCAGUAAUAUAUGUAACGAUAUAUAUUAUAGAGAUCAAAUCUUUGAAAGUAAUUUUAAUCUUAAAAUUUAGUGUAUUAACACAUUUUAUAUGGACAAUGAAAAUCCACCUUAUUUUGGUGUUUAAAGGAAACCACCAAGUCAAAUUUAAUCUUUUUUCUGUUUCAAAGAAGCAUCUUUAGUUCAGUAAAAUGUCUUGGGACAAAAUAUGCCUGAAAUCUUAGGGGACAGUUCUGAGCUAUUCCUAAAUUAAAGUUCAGUGUUCCGGGACAUUGUGUUACAGCAGAUGUUAUCCUCAGUGCCUACCUGGUCUAAGUACUGAUCAGCAACUAGAACUAUUUAUAUCUUAGCUCAGAACAUGGAACACACAUUCCCCAUUCAUCAUCUACAUGAUUGAGUGAUCCAAAAAUAUUUUCUCAUUAAAGUAUCAUUAGUGAUCACGUAGGAUAGUUUUUAAACAAUUAUACUUUCAAAAAUGUUUAAGCAAAAAAUAAAAAUAAUAAACCUACAUGCUUCCUUUUCUCUAGGCUUAUCAUGGAAGUUCCUAUAGCCCUUGAUUUUGAAAAACUUCUCAAUACUUAAAUAUGGACCUAAGAGGAAAAUGGUCCUCAUCGAUGUUCAUUACUUUUAUCACUAUGUUCUUUGCUCAUAGUAAAUGUAUACCACGUAGUGGUUAGGGGUGUGGACCGCAGAACCAGACCUGGGUUUGAGUUUCAGCCCUGCCACUUACUAGCAGUGUGACUUGGGCUAAAUAGAUUACUUCACCUCUUUAGGCAACAGUUUCCUCAAUGUUGUGAGUAUCAAAUAAGUUACCACAUAUAAAGUGUUUAUAACAAUGUCCGGCACAUGGUAUGCAUUCAGUAAAUGUUAUCACUAUUUUUCAAGUUUCUUUUUUUAAGUUCGAAACUUAUAUUAAAGAGAGGGUCCAGGGACUUCCCUGGUGGUCCAGUGGUUAAGACUCCACGCUUCCAAUGCAGGAGCGUGGGUUUCAUCCCUGGUUGGGGAGCUAAGAUCCCACAUGCCCUGUGGUGUACCGUGUGGCCAAAAAAAGAAAAUAGAGGGUCCAUAUCAGACUUCUAGUUGACUGUUAAUUAAGUAUGCAAUUUCUAUUCUUAUGUCUCUUUAGUACACUCCCUGGUUCAUGCAUAUGUGUAUAUAAUCUAUACCAUAUAGUACACAUAUAUGUGUGUAAACCACGUAAUGUAUAUGGUAUAUAUUUGUGUGUAUGUAUAUAUGUGCAUGCGUGUGCAAAAGAGAGAAUAUGAAAAACAAAAACAUUGAAGGCAAAAUAUACAGAAAAAUAAAAUACAGUAAAUUGAAAAAACCUUGUCCUUAAAUCCAACCUUUCAUGACGAUAAAGAAUACAUUUACCCUUUCAGAAGAUCACUUUUAAGUAGUUGAUAGUUGGAGCUUUGACUGUUUUGCUAUUUGUUUGUUUAGUGUUUCCUUCAACAUGUAUUCUUCAUAAUACAUUUUGAAAUAAUCUUGUUUGGAAGUACAGUCUUCCUUAAAACCUGGUAUGGUAUCAGUUCAUGUAGUUUGGAGGUUUCUUGAUUUCUAGGUCAACAUUUUGUAAUGUCGGUUUUAUGAGGUAGUCAGUCAACAACUUGCCAGAAGAUAAAAGUCAAAGGCUUAUUUUCUUAAGCAUAAGUCAUCUUCCCAAGGUAGUUAGCUGGAACAUAGCCCUUCUGCCCUUGAACUUCAGCUAACCACCACUCUUUGUUGCCACUUAGGUCACAAAAUCUAAGUAUAUGAACUCUUUGGUAUUCCUGAAGGCUGAGUUCAUGGUCACUCCGUGCCUGAAAGGCAUGAACUGCAUAGAAAAUCUAGACACAGAAGCAAAUGACAUUAUUAGAAGCAGAGCCUAAAAAUUUAGACAAACAUAAUAAAGACUUCCAAGCUUUUAGAAGAAAUGCUGAAGUUUUCUUAUUUUUCCAAAGUCACUCCCCAACUCCUUUGUUGGAUUUAUUUUGCUAAAGUAUGGCCCAAGAUGAAAAUAGAGUGAAAUUUCCAUUCUUAUUGUUCUGUUGGGAGGAGUCUAAACUGUCCAUUCUUGAAGGCAAUUUGGCACUUUCUAUUAGAUUUUUUAAAUGUUAACUCUUUUUGAUUCAGAAAUAGCUCUAAGAGUCUCUUCUAUGAAAUAGAAACAUUGGCACAGACUAUUGCAUAAUAAUGUUACUGCAAUACCGACUUACUUAUAAGGUGAAAAGUGGGAGGGAAGUUGGAAUAACACUAAAGGUUCAGCAAAAAUUAAAUUCUAGAUACUUACAUUAAGGAAAUUUGUAGUCAUAAAAAUAGUGUUUUCUGAGACUAAUAACACAGGAAAAUUCUUAUGAUAAAGUGCUCAGCGCCCCCACCCAAAAGAUACAGAAUCAGAUGUGCAAUAUGUGUCUAAUAUUGUUAGAUGGUUUUCUUUGAGUAGUAGAAUUAGAGGUGAUUUUCAUUUUUAUUUGUUAACUCAUUUUAUAAACUUUUAUAAUGACAAUGUAUUAAAUUUAUAAUUUUAAAUUAUUUGAGUGACCUAGAGAGACUAAUAAAAUAUAUUUCAGUCAAAAGAAUUUUUCUUUAACCUCAAAAGAGUACUUCAUAAUUAUUAGAUGCAUAGGAAGCCUCUAAAUAAGUGACUAGUCCCUCCUCCACUAAAAUCAUAAGACUGUUAAUAAAAAUGUUCGGUUAUGGUAUAAAAUUUAGCAAUCAACUAACAACAUUUAUUCAUUCAUUUAUUUAAUUAGUCGUUAUUAAGUAUCUAUUAAUAACCAGAUAUUAUGUUAUCAGAGAACUUAUAACCCAGCUAGGCAAAACAAAUGCCAAUAAAAAGGAGCACAUGCAAAAACAAAAAAACAAAACAAAAAACGCCCUACAAAUGCAGGUGAUAUAUAUAUAUCAGCUAAUUGUGAGCUGUGUUUUGGAAGAAGUAACCUUUUACAGGUGACGAAGUUGAUAAAGGGGUGGAUAUGUCUUAUUCAAAGGUACAGAGAUGAAUACAUGGAAACAGUAUAUGGGAAAGGCAAGCAGAUUAACUUUCUCAAAAUUGAAGGUCAAUAUAAAAAGGAAAUUAUGAGAAAUAAGGUGACUCCAUUGAGCAGGAAAGAGACUGGGUAAUGUGGAGGGGGGACUACAGUUGACCCCUGGACAACACCCAACUGAGUGGGUCCACUUAUAAGCAGAUUUUUUUCAGUAAAUUAUUGGAAAAAUUUGGAGAGAUUUGCAACUAUUUGAAAAAACUCACAGAUGAACCACAUAGUUUAGAAAUAUCAAAAAAAUUAAGAAAAAGUAAGGUAUGUCAUGAGUGCUUAAAAUAUAUAUAGUAACUAGUCUACCCUUACUUGCAUAGGCAUAAGAUGAGUGAUAUUUAACAUAAAAAAAUGUGUUCGUUUUCUUACUGUUUUAUAACUUUGCUUUCAAAGAAUUAUAUUACUGUUCAGUAUGCCUCUUCCUCAUAAUUGGAGAGACUGCGUAUCAGCCUAUCAUCACAGGUAAGUGUUUUUUUUUAAAGUAAACAAUGUUUCCAAUAUUGUACUAGGAAUAUGGCUAUAAUACUGUAUGCCAUAAAAAUUUGAUAAUGAUUCAGUCAUUAGUGUAUAGACUAGCCUACCAUGAAGCAAUCAUAUUGAUUACACUAGGCUACCAUAAAGCAAUCCUAUUGCUGCUGCUUUGUUUUCAAUGCAUGAAUCAUUAUACCUGUAAAUAAAUAUGAAUUGCUUUUUCAUAUUAUUUUUUCAUUUCUGAUGUCUAGUGUUAGCAAUACAUUUAACAUCUACAGUGUCUUGUGUCAUAUAAUACAAUAUUGAAGUGGGUAUUAAAUGAUUCAUUUUGUAAACAGAUGACAUAAACUUAGAGUAUCUAUAAAUACAGUACAGUACUGUAAAUGUAUCCUUUUCCUUAUGAUUUUCUUAAUCUUUUUUUCUAGCUUACUUUCUUGUAUGUAUAUAUAAUACAUAAACAUACAAUAUGUAGGUUAAUCAAGAAUUUAUAUUAUCAGUAAGGCUUCUGGUCAACAGUAGGCUAUUAGUAGUUAGGUUUUGGAGGAGUCAAAAUUUUUUGUAGAUUUUCAGCUGCCCAGGGGGUCAGCACACCUCACCCCCGAGUUGUUCAAGGGUCAACUAUAUAGGUACAGUGUAAGCUAUUCUUUAGAUCUUGAACUAUUUAGCUUUUGAUGGUAUUCUGAUACCACUGACUUAUAUAUCAUCUCAUCAGCUCUAGCAUGAGCUCCACCUCAGAGAGAGGAACCACAUUUCAACUUCCAUUGACCACAUCUGGUAUACAGUAGGAAUUCAAAUAUAUGUUGAUUUGAUUUGAAAGUAAGGCUGAAGGGCUUGGAUAUCAUACAAGAACAUUCAAGAGAUCAUCUUGUGUCAUACAAGAUACAUACAAGACAGAUUGGUGGACAUGGGUUAUUUUGUAAUUUUAAAAAGUAAAGAGAAAACAAAAAGGGAGAUGCCAUAAAUUCUUGAGCAAUGGAGUGGUAGCAAUAAUGACCACCUUUUAUAACUCUCAUAACAGUUUACAUGUCAAAUGUGCUUUAUCCUCAACAACCCUGUGAGCUGUGACUUAAAGAAGUAACAAGCUCAUAAUCAUAGAGCUAGUUGGUACUGCUAGGACCAUAUCUUCUAACUCCAAAUCCUGUGCUUGGUCCAUUUCUCAUAGUACUUUAGGAACCAAACUCUUGUUCUAGCAAGGAUGUGCAGAGUGUAUUCUUGUGGAAAGGGACUGGAAUCUCUAAUAUGUUUUGUUGUUUAGAAAGUGAAGACAUUGAAUAUAUUCACAAGAACAGAGUGGAGGAUUUGGUUUGCAAAAGCUUUCAGGAAUAUCAUGUAUCAUAACACAGCUUCUGAAAUAAUCUUAAGAGCCCACAUUAGCAGUUGCUAGCCAUCUUUUGCAAUUUUUAUACAUAAUGUAUAUACUUUAUCAGUGCAGCUAUAGAUUUUUUAGCAGGUCAAAUUACCUGCUAAUAUAUGAUUCCUAAAUAUUUGUGGUGGUCUUUCAAUUUGGCAUAUAUACUCUCAAGGGCAAUAUAAAAUCUUCCACCUACAUCUAUUUGGUAUGAAAUUAUGGCAAAGCUUAUAUUUUAAACACUCAAUAUAGAUUCUCAUAAAAUUGUAAACUUAAAUUACAAAAUUAUAAUAUAUACUUUCAAUAUUUUAGAUGGUCAUAGUCCAAAAUUAAUUUAGGAUGAGGAUUUUUCGGUUUUUAUAUAUGUUUGUGCUUCCACUUAAGAUAGAUACUCAAAAUGGAAGUAAGUCUGCUUUUAAAGAGAUGGUAGUCGAUCACGUUUGACUACAGGUUAGAAGUUUUCAAUCUGUUAUGGAUUUAAGAGCUAAAGGUUUUCUCUCUUUUUUAAAAAAAUAUUUCAAUUGUUCUAGGCUGUUGGACUUUCAGUGUUAUUAUGUUUUGGUCCAGACACAUUAAAAUUUUGUAAAUUUAAGACAUAAUCAUCUAAUCCUUUUUUUCCAAACCUUGGCAUUUAUGAAAAUAUAUUUUAUUAGUUGCUUCUUUGCAAUCUGUAAAGCUCUGACACAUUUUAUGGACAAUAUUUUAUGACUACAACCCAGUUCUCCACAGCAUUUACUCUUUUUAAAUAACACUCUGUAUUACUGUAUUAUUGACUCAUACCCAAUUUAUUACCUACUGUUCAUAACCACCAGCUCUUUCCUUGUGGUACCAUUGCCAGUUCAGCAUUUCCUUAUGCUAUAUUUGUGCAUUUAAUUAUUCUCCCUUAGUGAGCCACAUUACCUCUCUUCACUGAAUUUCAUUUUAUUGAUUUCAUCCCAGUUCUCCAGUUAGCAACAACAAAAAUCAUAAUGUAUUUUAAUCUUUCUUUCCAAAACUAAAAAGCUACAAAACCAGCAUUUACAGUAUUAUAUUAGCUCAGGAAGCCAAGAUAGUUAUAUGGCAUGAAAAAUGCUUGUUCUUCUCUCUUACCCACCAGGAGCAAGCUUUCUUGUUCUUUAGUUAACAAUUAUGAAUUGUUAUUACACAAGUAAUUUUUGUAAAAAACAAUUUUAAAUAAAGGUAAACACAAAGAAAUUUACUAAUUUUUAUUAAUACCUUGUUUUUCUUUUAUCCUUUCUUCCUUUUCUUCUUCCACUUUUCUUUCUAUCUACCUACCUACCUAAAGUGGUAAUAAACAUGUAAUUAUUGUACACAUAAUUUUUGCAACCUGCUUUUUCACUUCAAAAUAUAUUUUAAAAUCUUUUCAUGUCAAUAAAUAGCUCUCUAAAGCAUCAUUUAAUGACUACUUAAAUAUGUUACAGCCUGCUGACUUUUGAAGCACUUUAAAAAUAAUGACACACUAGAUAUAUAGCAUUAUUAUCAUAAGCAGCUGAAAAAUGUAUAGAGGAGGGACCGGACAAUGAAUCUAGAAUUAGUGCAAAACAACUUUUUUGAUGUCAAAAAUUAUGUUCUCAGUAUUAUUUAUGUGAAAAAAGAAAAGAGCACUGAUUCUCAGCCAUUACUUCCCUCUAAAACUUGGUUUUAGCCAUUAUUAAACUUGGUCCUCUUCAAGAAGUACCAAAGAUUAUCACAUUAGUCCAACAUCCUGCUUGCCAAACAAGGCAUCUUACAUACUGUGGUAGGCAGAAUUCUAAGGAGAACCCCAAGAUUACCACCUCCUGCUGAACUUGUUCUGUAUAAUCCCCUCUGUGAAUAUGAUGGGAUUUCACUCUUGUGAUUAGGUUACAUUUCAUGGUAAAGGUAAAGGGAUCUUACAAUGGUGCCUAAUAAGGUCCCUAAUAAGUUGACUUUGAGUUAGAUGAACACUAUCCUGAGUGGGCCUGACAUAAUCAGGUGAGUCCUUUAAAAGAGAGUCCAGUCACCUCUGAAGGGAAAGAUUUGAAAUCAGAGAGAUGCUCUCCUGCUGGCCUUGAGCAAGCCAACAGCCAUGUCGUGAACUGCCUAUAGGGACAGCCACGUGGCAAGGAUCUGAGCACAGCCUCUGAGUGUUGACAGUGGUCCUUGGUUGAUAGCCAGCAAGAAAAUGGAGACCUUGUUCCUACUGGAACAAGGAACUAAGUUUUGCCAACAACCAUGAGCUUGGAAGACAGCCCUGGUUUUCAGAAAGAGGCACAGCCAAGCAAAUGUCUAGAUUUCAGUUCUCUGAGAUUCCAAGCAGAGCACCCAGCUAAGCUGUUGCCUGUACUUCUGACCAUGGAAACGGUGAGAUAAUAAAUUUAUGUUGUUUUAAGCUACUUAGUUUGUGACAAUUUGUUAUGCAGCAUAGAAAACUAAUACAGAUCAUGCCAUUAUUAUUUGAUCAGAAGAGACCUGCAAUUUGGGUUGCGUUAUUUCAACUCAAAGCAAAGGUAUAGGGGAUUCUAUGUGGCCGCAGAUCCAAGCUGCAUUUUCUAAUCCAGCUAUACUUGUAAUAAUGUUUAGAUUUAUAUCCCUGACACCAGGGUCUGUUUUGAAUUGGUUCGAAACUCAGAGGAGAAAGAAAACAAGUAGCACUUUAUGGAGAGAUAUCAUUAAUAUACUUUCUGUUUUGGGCAAAAGAAAAUUAUCUCAUUACUUUUCCUCUCAGCAAUGGAAACUUCUAAUGGAUCUAAUUCUCAUGAUACAUAAUAGGUUUACUCAAAGACAAUUACUCUGCAGUAGCAGCUAGUAGGCACUAGAUGCAAUUUUAGACUAUACAGUUCAUGCUGAAAGAGCCUAAGUGAGGUGCUUAAUCCAAAAGUCCCUGUAAAGCCAAGUAAAAAUUAGAACUCAACAUCAAGCCAGCUUUAGGUCAUCUUCACAAAUUUGGUCCUCCAGUGUCUGUCCUAGGUUAUUAAGAUAACUUAGAAAGUUAUCUUAGUAACCUAGAAGUUAUUAAAAGCUAGCCAGGACAUUUAAUCAAGUAUAUAGAUUUCACUGAUAAAAAUUCAUUUAUCAGUUGGUAUUAUAACAUUAUAUUGUCUUAUAGAAACUCUGAAUAAACUAAGAGAGUGAAUGAGUAAUAGAAAAACAGGGUUUUUGAAACUUCAAGACAGAAAAGUGGUAAGAACACAUAGUAAUGUAUAAAUGAGUUUAGAAUCAGUAGUGACUGGGACAAAGUACUUGCAAAUUAUAUAUCUGAUAAAGAACUCUAUGCAGAGUAUAUAAAGAAUUCUUAAAACUGUAUAAUAAGAAGGGAAAUGGCCCAAUUUUUUAAAUGGGCAAAUAUUUGAAAAGACCUUUCACCAAAGGAGAUGCAGGAAUGGCCAAUAAGAACAUGAAAAAUACUCAAUAGCAUUAGUCAUUAGGGAAAUGUAAAUCAAAACUACAAUGAGACACCACUUCACUUCCAUUAAGAUGGCUGUGAUAAAAAAGACAAACAAUAAGGCAAGGAUGUGGAGAAACUGCAAUUCACAAUCCUCAUACAUUGCUGUUGGGUACAUACAACGGGGUAGUCACUUUGAAAAACAGCUUAGCAGUUUUUUUAAAAACUUAAUCUUACCAAUAAGCAAUUCCACUCCUAGGGAUCUACUCAAGAAAAUGAAAUUCACACAAAGACUUACACACAAAUGUUCAUAGCAGCAUUAUGCAUAAUAGAAAUUACCCCAGAUGUCCAUCAGUUGGUGAAUGGAUAAACAAAAUAUGCUAUAUUCAUAGAGUAAAAUACCGUUAGGCAAUGAAAAGCAACAAAAUACAUAUACAUACUACAACACGGAUGAAUCUCAAAAAACAUGCUAAGUGAAGGAAGUUGGCUGUAAAACACCACAUAUUGUAUGAUUCCAUUAAUACAAAAAAUACAAAGAAGGCAAAUCUAUGGAGGAAAAAAGUGAUUAAAGAUUUCUUGGGGCUAAAAGUGAGAAAGAGGAGGAGCUGCAAAUGGGUUCAAAGGAUCUUUUAGGGUGAAGGAAAUGUUCUAAAGUUGGAUUCAGGUAAUGGUUGCAAAACCCUGUUAAUAUACUAAAAGUCAGUGCAUUGUAUACUUAAAUUGCAUAAAUUGUAUGGUAUGUAAAUAAGAACUUAAUAAAACUUUUUUAAUGUAUCAGUCAUGAAUUGGACAGCAAUCAAUGUAUUGUUGAAAGAAGUUGAAUAAAAAUAGUUUUGAAGAGCAGUAUGGCAAUGUAUAUCAAGACUUUACAUAUCCUUUGACACUGCAGUAUUUUCAGGAACUUGCCCUACAGAUAUACUCAUAUAUAAGUGUAUAAAAAUAGAUGAACAAGGAUCUGGCCUGAAAUAUUGUUUGAAAUUUUAAAAACCUCAAAAUAUUCUGAAUGUCUAUUAUUAUGGUAAUAGUUACAUAAAUUAUGAUGUAUCCAGAUAAUGAAAUACUAUGCAGAAUUUUUAAGGAAGAAGGUAGAUAUUUAGGUACUGUUUUAUCUAAGAUAUAUUGUUAACUGAAAAAAAUUAUGUACCACAUAUAUGUUCCCACUCGUCUAAGUAUAAAUUCACUCAUGUAAAUACAAUAUCUGAAAAGAUGUACCUGCAUGUUGUCUCUGAAAAGUAGGACUGAGGAGAGAAUAAAGACCUUUACUAUUAAUUUA